CCUCCGGGCCGCCCCGUGGUCGGCAGCGCCCGCCCCCAGGGGUGGGGCCUGCGGGCUGUCACAGGCCCUGCUGCGGGGCGCUAGGCCUCAUCAUCCCCCGGGUGUCUGCAAGAGCAGCUCACCCGGUGGAGAGGCGGUCUGGCGAGCCGCGGGAGGUGCCGUCGUGUCCCCCGUCCUUCCCCGAGGCGACCCACACUCUGAGCCCCGAGAAAACUUAGAGAAAAGUUAUCCCCACUCUUUUGGCGGCUUCUGCCUUUCCCCCCAUCUCCCCGCGUCUCCAACUCCGACUGUGUAGCACACCAUCUGGAGCUGCUCAACUAACCUCCGGUCUCACUGAAAAACUGUGUCCCUAGGUGACUGCUACUUCUCCUCUCAGAAUCCCCUAGACUGGAAGUUUCUAGGGGGAUAGGCAGUUGGGAUUAAGUGACUUGACCAGGGUCACACAGCUAUGAAAAGAGCACCCUCAUCUUAGAUUCAGAAGACCUGGAGAUGAGUCUCAAGCUUUAUCACUUACUAGCUGUAUGACCUCAGAUUUGUGUAAAGUUGAACAUGACUUCUUCCUUGGAUGAUGUUCGCUGUCUCCAGUAGAAGCUUUAAGUCUGUCAUCUGAUUCAUGACAUCUUUUAUCCAAGAAAAGCCUCAUGGAACUAGGUCUUCAGUCUGUUGAGCCUUUAUGAAUAAAAAGUUCACAGCAUAAAAUUAUUUCUAAUUCUAUAUGUAAUUCAAGUACAAUGAUGCUAUAGACAGCAGCAAACUGGGAAAGAAAAAAGGAUUUACUACUGAAGGAUGAAUAGUGAAGAAGAAUUCUUUGAUGCCGUUACAGUUUCUUCAUGGAGAAAUCACUUAUGAUGGAGAAUGGUUGCAGAGCAAUGCCUGAAUGUAAUGGCUUUGAUUCUGACAAUUCAUCUGGGGAGUUUUCAGAGGCAAAUCAGAAAGUCACAGGAAUGAUUGACUUGGACACGAGCAAAAGUAAUAGGACUGAAAAAAAUGGAGAGAGGCCUCCACAAGAGAAUGGAAUCAAGAAACACAGGACAUCUUUGCCUGCCCCAAUGUUUACUAGAAAUGAUUUCAGUGUGUGGAGUAUAUUAAAAAAAUGCAUUGGCUUGGAAUUGUCAAAAAUCACAAUGCCUAUUGCCUUCAAUGAGCCAUUGAGUUUCCUCCAGCGAAUUACUGAAUACAUGGAACAUAUAUACCUCAUUCAUAAAGCUUCUUCUCAAACAGAUCCCUUGGAAAGAAUGAAGGCUGUAGCUGCUUUUGCAGUUUCGGCUGUGGCUUCUCAAUGGGAGAGGACUGGUAAACCAUUUAAUCCACUACUGGGGGAAACAUAUGAAUUAAUCAGGGAUGAUUUAGGAUUCAGAUUUAUAUCUGAACAAGUCAGUCACCAUCCUCCCAUUAGUGCGUUUUUUUCAGAAGGUCUCAAUGAGGACUUUAUCUUUCAUGGCUCAAUCUACCCCAAAUUGAAGUUCUGGGGGAAAAGUGUAGAAGCAGAGCCCCGAGGAACAAUUACACUGGAGCUUCUCAAACAUAAUGAAGCCUACACGUGGACAAAUCCUACCUGCUGUGUACAUAAUAUAAUUAUUGGCAAAUUGUGGAUAGAACAGUAUGGAACAGUUGAGAUUUUAAAUCACAGAACUGGAGAUAAGUGUGUACUUAAUUUUAAACCAUGUGGGCUGUUUGGCAAAGAACUUCAUAAAAUAGAAGGAUACAUUCAGGACAAAAGCAAAAAGAAGCUCUUUAUGAUAUAUGGCAAGUGGACGGAAUGUUUAUGGGGCAUAGAUCCUGUUUCCUAUGAGUCCUACAAAAAGCAUGAAAGGAAAGGUGACCACCAGAAAAAAGCAAAACCGGAGGAUGAGACUGAAAAAUCUGAGAGUGAUGUGGCUGAUGAUGUCCCUGAAAUCCAAGACACAGUGCAAGUCAUACCUGGCAGUGAGCUUCUCUGGAGGAUAAACACAAGGCCUCCAAAUUCUUCUCAGAUGUAUAAUUUUACAAGUUUUACCGUGAGCCUCAAUGAACUAGAAAAAGGCAUGGAAAAGAUUUUAGCUCCUACAGAUUGCCGCCUUCGUCCAGAUAUCAGAGGCAUGGAAAAUGGUAACAUGGAUUUAGCCAGUCAGGAGAAAGAAAGACUAGAAGAAAAGCAAAGAGAAGCCCGGAAGGAGCGUGCCAAAGAUGAGGAAGAAUGGCACACAAGGUGGUUUUAUCAAGGCAUCAAUCCAUAUACUGGGACUUCUGACUGGCUAUAUUCAGGUGGAUACUUUGACAGAAAUUUCUCGGACUGCCCAGAUAUAUACUGAGCCAUUGGAACAGAUUCUUCAGGACAUGGGGACAUGGAGGAGUCACACCCCACUUCAAGCCAGCUCCUCUGGUUUUGUUAAUAGCAGAAACCAGCUUUUAUAACAGCAAUUUUAAUGGAAAUAGCAUCAUUCACUGAUCAAGGAUUUAAUUCUUAUUAAUUUUUUGAUUGCCAAAAAUUUAAUUACUAUUGUGUUCUCUUCAUAAAGCUGCACUUGAAUCAUCAAGUUUUCACUAAGUUUUAAAAAGGAAAAUUCUUUGUGAUUCCCUUUUAUGUGACAGAAGUUGACUUUGGCUGGUUUAGUUUACAAGCACCCUCUUAACUAUGUAACAGCAUUUAAAGAAGUAACAGGAAGACGUUGGUGUUUCUACUUGCAGUGAAGUAAAAAAGGGUUUCUUCACGUAUUCCAAAGUUGAACCAGUGACAAUAAAUAAGUAUGAGAGGGGAAGAGAUGGCUGUUGGAAACUAUCCACAGAGGUAUGAAAGACUGAAGUAAAGAACUCCUCAUAAAAUGAUGGUGAUCCAGAGGUGAAUAUAUACCAAACACAGAAUGUCAGACUGAAUUGAAUAAAAAGCUGCCAAAUUA